AUGUCGCUCGGGAAAGCUCCGGAACCGCCCUCGAAAAGUCAUAGCGCGACUGCUACUAUUGUAGGUGUCGUGGUUGGAGUGUGUGCGCUUGCUGCUCUUCUGGGCGCUGCGUUUUUCUGGUGGCGAUCAAAAAGACACAAACGCCGAAUUGACUCCGAUUACAACUCUGAUGACACCACAAUGAAGGAUGGCGACAAUUCGAAUGUAUUGCCCUUCGCUGAUCCCCGGGUUAAUGGUGCCUACAUGACACAAUGCUACCACAGCAAUGGUAGUCUUGAUGAAUACAAUGACUAUUCUCGCCGUAUAUUACAUCAACUGAACGAAGAGGAUUAA